CGUGAACUUAGCCUCAUUCCUGUUCACUAGUGUUUGUGUGCGUUGUCAGUUUCACAAUGAUGAAAGUCUGUGUGUGGACCGUGUGUCUGUUUACUGCUCUGACUGUCGGGGUAAAGAGUCUAACACAAACAGGUUACGUUGGAAAAAAUGUAACAUUCCACUGCUCAGACUGGAAGGGUUUCAUUUGGAGUAAUGUGAAAUCUUACGUUAAGUACAUUUGUAACAACCCAUGUAAAGAAGACAAACAUGUGAUCAUGAAAGUAAAACCUGGAGAGACUAAACAUGAGAACAGAAUAUAUUUAUUCAACAACGGAGUAACUUUGUCUGUGACCUUCAUUAAUCUCCAGAAGUCAGACUCUAGGACAUAUUACUGUGGACUGGAUGAGAAUUUACGAGACUCAUUAAUAGAAGUGAACCUUAACGUUAGAGAUGCAUUGAUUCCUGGUCCACAGACAACAGUUAGAACAGUCAGUGUCUGGUCAAGCUCCACUGUGUCUUCAAACAGCAAAGAUAUUACUUCAGAUAUUUCACCAUUGUUCACCACACGUCAGUCAACAGCAGCUGCUGCAUCGGAAGCACAUAAAGAAGAAGGAAAUGGAACAGGAAGUGUCCUGUACUUGAUCAUUGGUUUCACUGUUGUAAUAACUACACUGGUUCUUCUAUUGUGUCUAAUGAUGAAGAUAAAGAAAGAGAGAAAGAAAAAGGUGUCUAAGUCUGGUUCACCAGAAGCCGUCGUACAACAGGAUGCCGACUAUGCUGAAAUCAGACAUGAAGACCACACUGAGAGGGCGUCUGCUGCUGACGUUUACCCAGAGACGCUCUAUGCAAAUUAUUCCAGCCAACAGGACACAGCACAGCAGGACAGGGCUUCACACGAUGCUUCUGCUUCUAGUCCCCACGUCAGACACACAGAUUCCCAGUUUGAAUGUCUUUACUCUGUCGCUCAACUUCCUGAAGAGCGGCCUGAGUGUGAAUCUGCAAUAAAUGACUCAAGAUGCACCAUCUAUAGCGUAGUUAAGCCAGCACAGAUAACAUGAGGACUACUAAUACUACAGAUGAAAAGUGCUACACAAACCUCUGGCACAGUCACACAUGAAGUCUAAUAGUAGGAGGAGAGCAGCCAGCGCAUGCUAGCAAAGUGUUUUCAACAUGUUGCUGUGUUCAGGGGUUAACAAGUCAUUUCAGCUUUUAUUUGUUAUUAUAAUAUAUUAUAUUUGUACGUACGUAAUAAUAUAAAAUAAAUACAUGCUGCAUUUUAUGAACAUU